UCAUUUGAAGAUGGCGCUGAUUCCUUAAUUUUUAUACUAUCUUUAUCCUUUUCGCACUUUUCUUUAUAAUACUAAUUUUAUAUUCUAUUGUAUACAUCGGCUAUAGUUUGGUACAUUUACCACUAAUUUUAUCAUUGAAUAGAAAAGAAUAAAGUUAAGAAACAAGUGAAGUUGAUAUAAAUAUUAAUUUAUUCUUAAUUAAAAAGGAAAAUAUAAAAUACUAAUUUAGAAAUGAGUAAGGCACAUCCUCCGGAGCUUAAGAAAUAUAUGGAUAAAAAAUUAUCAUUAAAAUUAAAUGGAGGAAGACACGUUAUUGGAAUUUUACGUGGAUUUGAUCCAUUUAUGAACAUGGUUAUAGAUGAAAGUAUUGAAGAAUGUAAGGAUGGUACUAAAAACAAUAUUGGAAUGGUGGUAAUCCGUGGAAAUAGUGUAAUAAUGUUAGAGGCUUUAGAUAGGAUAUGAAUCAAAAUAAAAAAAAAUCAAAAACAUAAAACAGAGAUGUAACUUAUAUUCCUAAACAAAUAAUUGAUUAAUUUCAUGCAAUUAACAUUGUAUUUAUUCAACAUUCAUAAAAUAUAUUCAUGAUUAAUAUUUUUUGUUUAAAAAGAAAACUAUUUUGAAUAAAUAAUUUUGAUAUUAAA